GCGGGGACAACACGACACUGCAGCCGGGAAGCGAAUGAGCAUCAUCGGGGAGGCGUUAACGACAGAAUCCGCCUGUCCCGGUUCACGGUGACGGUGCUCUUUCUCUCUCGGUGCGUCAGUCCGUUCAUUUGACUUUGAAGCAGCUCUGUCUGGAUCCGUGAGGCAUCUGCUGGUCGAGACAUGAGCGGAAGACUCGGGGACCUCAGUCCUAAACAGGCUGAGGCGCUGGAGCAGUUUCGAGAGAGGAUACAAGAUAUUCUUCCUCAACUUCCUGCACAGCAUGACCACUUCCUGUUACGUUGGCUCAGGGCCAGAAACUUCAAUGUGCAGAAGUCAGAGGCCAUGCUGCGAAAGCAUUUGGAGUUCAGGAAACAGAUGAAAGUAGACACAAUACUCAGCGACUGGCGUCCACCAGAGGUGAUAGAGAAGUAUCUGUCAGGAGGGAUGUGUGGUCACGACCGCGAGGGCAGUCCCAUCUGGUAUGACGUCAUCGGACCUGUAGAUCCUAAAGGCCUCUUCCUGUCUGCCUCUAAACAAGACUUCAUCAAGUCCAAGAUCAGAGACUGUGAGAUGCUGCAGAAGGACUGUGACCUCCAAUCGCAGAGGCUUGGGAGGAACAUAGAGUCAAUCACCAUGAUCUAUGAUGUAGAAGGUUUGGGCCUGAAGCACUUAUGGAAGCCUGCGAUAGAAACAUAUGGAGAGAUCCUCCAGAUGUUUGAAGACAACUACCCAGAAGGCCUAAAAAGGCUGUUUGUCAUUAAAGCACCCAAACUCUUUCCUGUGGCCUACAACCUCGUCAAGCACUUCCUGAGCGAGAACACAAGACAAAAGAUCCACGUCCUCGGGGCUAACUGGCAGGAGGUGUUACUGAAGUACAUUGAUGCAGAGGAGCUGCCAGUGAUAUACGGGGGGAAACUGACAGAUCCUGAUGGAGAUCCUCGCUGUCGGACCAGGAUAAACCACGUCGGCCCUGUUCCUCCCUCCUACUACGUGCGGGACCACGUGAAGGUGGACUAUGAGCAGUGUAUGACCGUCAGCAGAGGUUCCUCCCAACAGCUGGACUAUGAGAUCCUGUUUCCGGGCUGCGUUCUCAGGUGGCAGUUUGCUACUGAGAGUGCAGACAUUGGUUUCGGGGUGUUUCUAAAGGCUAAAAAGGGCGAGUGGAAGAAGGCGGCUCAGAUGACAGAAGUCGUACCCAGCCAGCGCUACAACGCCCACUUAGUUCCUGAGGACGGGUCACUGACCUGUGAACGCCCGGGAGUCUACGUUCUGAGAUUUGACAACACUUACAGCAUGUUCCAGGCCAAGAGAGUCAGCUUCAGCGUGGAGGUCCUGCUCCCGGACCGCUUACAGUCCCCACAGACCAACGGAGAGUCCAAGAACCAUGUACAAGCUGAGGGCGACAGCCAGUCAUAACCAGGAGGAUGACACAAUGUGCCACUUCCAUGUUGUCAGAUCAGUAAAUGUUUAGCUGCUACGAGUAAGCACAGCCUGAGAGACUUGAGUUAAACAGGAACAUGCUGCCAACACACAACAAGUAUUUAACCCAUGUUUGACCCUUUAAUCAUCUGUAAUGACGAUCUGAUUCACCUGUGGUCUGUUUGGAAACAUUUAUGGAACAAGGAGGGGCACACGUAAUGUAGCCAAAAAUAUGUGGACACACCAAAACACAUCAGUUGGAGCUGUGUUUCUCUCCUACUCUUGUAGCAGAGCGUACUCUGGGAACAGACGGAGCAGCAGAGCAUCAAGCGCAGUGAAAGUUAAACCCAACUGUUAACACUUAAUUCAUAUAGAUUGUGUUUUUCAUUUUUCCAAACUACUUCAGAUGAAACUGGCUGCGUUCCCAAAGAAACCACACACCUCACAGUCCAGCACUGGGUCUCACUAGCAAAAGAAAGUUUGCUUUGACUCACCUCUGCAGCAAUCUGACAUCAUCAUCAAUCUGACUCAACAACUUAAACCCCCUCUUGCCGUCAGCUGCUGCCACACGUAGAAUCUAUUCCUGUAGGAAACACUGGGAAAGUUAAAACUUAAAAAUGUUACCCAAAAUGGUGAAUAACAGGAGGAACACAUAAUAUGGCCAAAAGUAUGUGGACACUCCUUUACACAUAAUUCUGUGCAUUUUUGGUCUGGUUUGUCACUGUUUGGGCUACACCACUCAGUUAUUCAUUCAUUCAUUCAUUUUCCAGAACCGCUUAUCCUGUUAGGGGUCACGGGGACUGGAGCCUAUCCCAGCUGACACUGGGUGAGAGGCAGAGUACACCCUGGACAGGUCACCAGACCAUCACAGGGCUGACACAUAGAGACAGACAACCAUUCACACUCACAUUCACACCUACGGACAAUUUAGAGUCACCAGUUAACCUGCAUGUCUUUGGACUGUGGGAGGAAGCUGGAGCACACGUGCAAACUAAGGCUCCCCCAGGUUCAAACCUCUUGCUAUGAGGCAACAAUGCUAACCACUGCAGCACCGUGCCACCUGGUUUUCUUAGUUCCAAUUAAUAGAAAUGUACAACGAUAUUUGAGACAGCAGUGAGCGCCAAACUUUGUGGCAACAGUUUGUGCAAAGUCCUGUCAUGUUGUAAUAUGAUGCAGUACCCCAAUGCCCAUAGCCAGGUCCCAUAAAGAAAUGGUGUUCCCAGUUUGGUGCGGAAGAGCUUGAACCCCUUAAACCCCCCAUCAAGCAUCUGUGGGAUAAACUGGAGCGCCAACUUGCCACCAGGCCUCAUCACCCAACAUCAGUUUUGGACUUCAUAAACACUCAAAUCUCUGCAACCAGGUUCCCUAAUCUUGAGGAAAUCCAGAGACCAGAAGAGAAGAGGCUGUUAUAGCUGAAGACAGAGUUCAAUGCUACGUCCUCACAUAAUGUUUCAAACAGCCACCAAGUGAAUCAGGUCAGCGCGACCACAGCCUGCUGAAAUGUUAAACUAAUUAAGCAGCUACAAAAGUACUCGAAGAGUGAAACAAUAUUUAGUUUUCUAUGCACAAAAACAAAGAAAAAACAUUUUCUAUGGAUGUUUUUUCCACGUAUAUGGCAAAAAUAUUUGCCAUAGCAGUCGGCAACAGGAAGCAUUUCAGUUAUACUUAAUAUAAGAGUAUUCAAAAGUUGCCAUUUUGAGACUUAAAGAAAAAAAAAAAUCUUAAAACAUACAAGUCUUUUCGUCUUCACGUGUGAUCAGAAAUAAUGGAGAGUUUCCACACUGAACAUUCCUUUAAGUCACAAUUACACAUCGAAGCUUGUGGAAUAAUUUGAGUUUCCUAAUUAAGUUUUAUUCUUGUUUUUAAAGCUGUUUACAUUCAUAAUUUAUCGGAGGGGCCCCUAAUGAUUCCCCCCUUCAUAUAUGUUAGCAAGGAACUUCUACGUGUGCAGACAACAAUGCAGAUACUAAUUUAUUUCCAGAAAAUAGUAAGUUUAAACUGCAUAUUUAUUUUACAAUAGCAAAACAGUAAUCUCUGUGUAUCAUAUUUAUCAGACAAACAACACACAGUAUUAUAUAAUAUUCAUGUCGACUCGUUUAUAGUGAAUGUAAAUGAACUUAUGUUGCUCUCACCAGACGAUUACUGAAUGUAGACUGUGGCAGAGAGCCAGGAUGAUUAUUAUAUUACAUAGUAUUUUCAUAUGUAUAUUGUGACAGUGCUGAGAGACUUCUGCAACAACCUGUCAAGUCUCAGGUGGGAGAGAAAGUCAGCACACUGUCAUGGCCGUACUGUCUGGACUGUUGGAACUGUGUCAAUGAAGAUCUUUUCACACAUGAAGAAGAUGAUAUAAACAUUAUGAGAGGAGUGAAUAAAUCUGUUGACAACA